GUCAGCUGAUCCACAGUAGAGCGAACAUGGCGGCGGAGAUCCACUCGAGGCCCCAGACCUCCCGCCCGGUGCUGCUCAACAAGAUCGAGGGGCACUCAGACGGGGUCAACGCGGCCGUUCUGAUCCCCAAGGAGGAUGGGGUGAUCACGGUCAGUGAGGACCGAACCAUCCGAGUAUGGCUGAAGCGGGACAGCGGGCAGUUCUGGCCCAGCAUCUACCACACCGUGUCCUCUCCAUGCUCUUGCAUGUCGUACCACCAUGACAGUCGACGCAUCUUCAUUGGCCAAGACAACGGAGCCAUUGUGGAGUUCCUCAUAUCUGAGGACUUCAACAAGAUGAACCACGUGAAGACGUAUCCAGCCCAUCAGAACCGCGUGUCGGAUAUGGUGUUCUCACUGGAGAGUGAGUGGGUGGUGAGCACCGGCCAGGACAAGAGCGUGAGCUGGAUGUGCACCGAGAGCGGCAGCAUGCUGGGCAGACACUACUUCAGCUCCUGGGCCUCCUGCCUCCAAUACGAUCAGGAGACACAGCACGCUUUUGUGGGCGACUACUCGGGUCAGAUCACCCUGCUGAAGCUGGAGAGACAGACGUACUCCAUCAUCACUACCCUCAAGGGCCAUGAAGGCAGUAUCGGGGCCCUGUGGUGGGACCCGGUGCAGAAGCUGCUCUUCUCAGGGGCCUCCGACCACAGCGUCAUCAUGUGGGACAUCGGCGGGCGCAAGGGCCGCACCCUGCUGCUCCAGGGACACCACGAGCGAGUGCAGGCGGUGCGCUACCUUCAGCUGACCAGACAGCUGCUGACCUGCUCUGUGGACGGAGGCAUCACCGUGUGGAACAUGGACACGCAGCGGGAAGAGGCUCCUCAGUGGCUGGACAGCGACUCCUGUCAGAAGUGUGAGCAGCCCUUCUUCUGGAACAUUAAGCAGAUGUGGGACAGCAGGACCAUCGGCCUCAGACAGCACCACUGCAGGAAGUGCGGCCAGGCCGUGUGUGCCAAGUGCAGCUCCAAGCGCUCCACCUUCCCCCUCAUGGGCUUUGAGUUCCAGGUGCGGGUGUGUGACAGCUGCUUUGACACCAUCAAAGAAGAAGAUCGGACAGCGCUGGCUACCUUCCACGAGGGGAAGCACAACAUCGCCCACAUGGACAUAGAUCCUUCCAGAGGCCUGAUGGUCACCUGUGGCAGUGAUCGCAUCGUCAAGAUCUGGGACAUGACGCAGGUGGUGGGCUGUAGCCUAGCAACAGUUUUCUCUGCACGCUGAACGCCGGCGCCACCCUUCAACAAGAACCCCUACCCCCCCUAGUCUCCGCCCACUUCUGUGCUGAGGUGGGGGGGUGGAUGCAGUUGUCAUGGAAACACAUUGAUGUUUUUCCACCCGCUGUAUGCCUAAACUCCCUUAUCCACCACUGGGCUUACGUGUGUGUGUGUGUGUGUGUGUGUGUGUGUGUGUGUGUGUGUGUGUGUGUGUGUGUGUGUGUGUGUGUGUGUGUGUGUGUGUGUGUGUGUGUGUGUGUGUGUGUGUGUGUGUGUGUGUGUGUGUGCGCGCAAAUGUUCCUUUGUGCUAAGGAUCAGAGCUGAUACCUUGUAUUGAAUUUGCCAUCAACAAAUCAUUUCGAUCCCCUUUGUAAAUGUUUGUGUAAAAUGAUUGUAAUUUAAGGCAUCUAAUUAUCUCAAGCACAAUGCAUGUGUGGCUGUACAUGUUUGCACUCCCUCUUGUCAUGAUUGGGUCCCUAACCUUUGGGAAGUUAUAUUUGUAUUAGUCAUGGUAUGCACAGCCUAUUUCUAAUUGUCUCAUUUCAUCCAAAGUCAAAUCAAUGCGUCUCAUUCUCAGCGUCACAAGGGCCUGCUUACUGCAUUCCAGUUGUGUGUGUGUGUGUGUGUGUGUGUGUGUGUGUGUGUGUCUGUCUGUGUCUGUGUGUUUGUCAACUUGUUAAUCUUUCAAUCUGCCCAUGAGUUCCUUGUCCCCCCCCCCCCCACUAGUCUGCCUUACUCGACUCUCAGGAGGUCCCAUGGUGGAGGUUAGGGUUUGGUUAGCUACUGGACCUUCUAAAGCAACCUGACCUUGGAGUAGCCGCUGAGAUGUUUGGAGAGCUCCAAAGAGCUCUUCAGGUGACGCCCCUACAGAUGGAUGCUGUAUAACAGUAGCGGUGGUAUAGAGGAGACUCGAACGCCUUUGUUUUGAGACUGAACUUUGAUUUGUUAAGGGAGAAGAGGGGUCUCCCCCUUAGGGUCCUCAACAGGUACUUAAACUAGGUGUAUACCAGAGUACUAGCGGUGUGUUUUUCAGAGCUCACUUCCUCGGUUGCCUUAUUUAGGAAACACAUGAACAUCCUUAGAUCUUUAGGGAUCUGCUGAUGAUCCAUGUUCACUGAGACCCUCUGAACCCACUCAUGUUUGUAUUGCUUGCAGCGUAUUUGUUCUUUUCAUUCAACACUAUUUUAUGUUUCCUCUAUUUAUUUGGUGUCCUGGUCUCCUCUCCUAACUGCACUGCACUCAAUUGCACAAAUUGUGGUUUAAAAGAAAACUGAUGGUGAUUUGGUGUUUUUUUUCUUCAUGACCGUGGAGGAUGAGUUGAACUUGGCAUGGUGGAUGGGUUGGACUGAUUGAACUGGGCACGGUGGAUGUAGCAUUCUCUGUUGGUUAGGUGUGGCCAACAUGGUAACAGUGUAGACUUCCUUAACUCUAUCCUGAAUAUUGGCUGAUUACAGCAGGAACAUAAUGUUAACCUAAUACUAAUCUGUAGAAACAUUCCAGUUCUUUGAUCUUAAUGUAUAUUUAUAUUGGUAUUGGAUAUAUUUUUACGAUGGUUUCUGCUGGUGCCCAAAUGUUGUUCUUUUUUCUUAUGACACAACGCCUCCUGCAUGUUCCCCGGGGUUAUCUGCAUGGGAAAUAAAUGUUUGUGACAAACUACACGGUGGUCUAGUGAAAGCAAAUGCCUACCAGUCGCACGACGUCCUGGGACUGCAUUAUACGGGGGGCCCUCACAGUCCCCAGAAGGCGCCGGAUAUCUCCAUACCCCAAGACCCUGAGAGGCCCCAGAAUUAAGAUAGGCUGACAUCUGCUCCAGGCCCCUACAACCCUUCAGGGCCCCUACAGGGCUCAGAGAUGGUACCUAGAGGUUACCUAGUGGGCCCCUACAGUGUAUCUGUAGGGCUCUUACAGGGGGCUCCUACAGGGACCUUACAGGGUUAUGAGGUUGCAACAGUACAAUCAAGAUUCAUUCCAGCCAAUGGCAGAACAUCUGUUUGGAAGACAUCACUUGGUGGUGUUGUACUUUCUGCUCAACCCAUCCGUCUGUGAGGGGGAGAUAUAGGACACGAGAAAGGGGAGGUGGAUGCAAUGUACAUCUAAUGAAUCACAUCUAAAAAGACUGGAUAUGAGUUAACCUUUAGUUCCGGUUUAGUGUUACAGCCGUAGCACUUCACCAACAGCAUGAGUAUCAAUGAUCUACUUCUUAGUGAAAAGGUCCACUCUUUGUUUUUGCAACACUGCAAAAUGUAGUCGCAUAUUUAGUUAGAAAUAAAACUAAUUUCUGGGAUUCUCUUUCUUUAGCUCUCUCUCCCGUAUCCGCUUGUAUAAGACAAAUCCUUCCACUAUGUUCUGUUGUAUAUCUCAAAUAAUAGUAUUUUUAAGAACGAUAUGAUACUGACAUGUAGCUCACCCCUGUCCUCCCGUGGGUCUGGGGGAGAGAAACUGAACGAUGCUAAAUAAAGACAUUACAAACAAUGA